AGGUUAUGCUUUGCGCUGUAUUUUCAUAACAUUUUACAUUGUGUGAUAGUCGUUCAGUACAAAUAAAAUAAAAAAUGUUCAAUUUACGACAUCUAAAAAGCUUUAAUAGAUUAACCAGAGCACUUCAAGCUCCGGUUAUAUCAGUGAGUUCAACUAUUUAUACAAAAACCAGUGAUAUUGUCAGCAAAUCAUGUAGCAGUCAGCAGCUACAACUUCACCGCCAAAUUUAUGUGGGAGCUGUUUUCCAAAAGUACAAUAAAAAGUCUAGACAACAGGAUGACGAUGAAGACAGUGAUGAUGAGCGAAGUACUGAAUUUAAAGAUGAACGUGAUUCUAAAGUAUUGAAGGCUAGUGUAAAUUCCUUACGUGCUGAUUUGCUACUGAAAGCCGGGUUGGCCAUGGCUAGGAACAAAGUAGAGACUAUUUUCUAUGAAAGCAAAGUGCGUGUGAAUGGCAAAAAAAUUAACAAGAAAAGUGUACAGCUUGAUGUUGGAGAUGAGAUCGACGUCGUUCGUGGCUUUAGUCAGACGAAUCCCACACAUUUGGUAGUAUCCCGUGUCGUUAUACUCGACGUCGAUGAGCGUGAUGAAGGCUAUAGCGUACAGUUGAGGCGCUACAAAUCCUUACUUAUAGAAAAUUAUUCAGGUCUCAAUGCCUUCAAAUCAUCCGAGAGCACGCAUCAUUAAUAGUUAUGUUUUAAAUUAAGUUACAAUAUUACAUUAAGUAGACCAAAAAAUAGCGAAAAAUUAUAAUUGACUCAGUGUUCCUAAAUGAUUUUCAGUUCAUCAACUGUUUAAUUAUAACUUAAUGUGUAUAGUAGCAGUGAAAUUAUAAUUAAAACGAAUAUUGUUUAGCAAAUAUGCAAAUAUCUUUAAAUUAAAAAAAUAUUUAUUAAAAAA